AUGGUUAGUUUGUUAUAUACUUGUAUCUCAGAGAUGGAUGAACAAGAUAACAAUAUAUGUUAUAUCAAUGAUCGCAUACCAAAAAUAAUAUUAUUAAAUAUUAUUGGUUUUGUUGUUAAAUCAUCUUCAUCAUCGCCAUCAUCGUCAUUACAUCAUCGUCACAGAUCAACUAGUUUAAUUGAUCUACUAUGUCUAUCUCUUACAUGUAAAAAGUUGUUUACACUUUUGACACACGUAGAUACAAGUAUUGCUAGAUGCUCUGAUCUACUACUUAUUGACAAGAAUGCAACGUCGCAAGUCAGUGGAAAGACACCAUUCUUGGUACCUUCAACAGACCAGAUACUCACAACAGACACUGAAGGGUACAAUGGUCGUCUCCAUUUAAAGUCAUUUCAACAUAUCUUUGAUCGAUCACUUGAUCAUCAAAUGUUCCUCCACCACUCAGUGCCUGCAUCAUCUGACGACAUCUCUAGAGACCACAAUCAAAUCACAGAUGUAUUGUACCAAUCUGACUUUAUACCUGCGUCGACCAAGAAUCUGUAUAUUACUGAUUCAUUUGCUUCAAAGUCCUUUCAAUCUCUACCUUUACAAGGACUUGAAAGUAUUAUGGUCUCUGGUCAUUCAACUCAAUUAGAAUUCUCUAGAAAUGUAUUCAAACAACAAAACGAAAAGGAACAAAAGUCACAGUCACAACAACCAUCGCCACUCAAGCAAUUAGUAUUGUAUUGUCAAAAUAAUUUAUUUGAAGAGGAUGAUGAUGAUGAUGGAGACAAGGUUUGUCUGCUUCCUAGGUCACUAGAGAGACUGGUCGUCAACAAAACGAUAUAUGGGUAUUCGGCAUUUAAAUUGACCAAUGAACCUUCUUUACCCUUUACAUCACUUACAUCGCUAUCGUUACACUUUUUCGUUUCGUUUAAAGACUUUGCACAAGACUCGUUUCCAAAGACACUUAAUCAGUUUACAUUUUCAUGUAAAGAGUUGAUACCGGCCAACUAUCUUCCCGAUAGUCUCACAUCUCUGACACUACAUACUCUUGCCAAUGACACUGGUGUUGACUGUUUGUUACAUCUUUCCAACCUUUUAGAAUUGUCUUUGUAUGCCGCCAAAUUGACAGCCGACAUGCCAACUCUUCCCGUCAAUGCACGCAACCUACACACUCUAUCACUCACAAAAUUGCCCGCCACAUUGAAAUCCGUACCGCCAAGUGUCACUACACUUGGACUAUAUAGUACCAACGAGUUACCAUCCAGUCCAACCUAUCUUGGUAAUAUCACAUCACUCUGUCUUUUGGUUGGAGAUUCGUCUUAUUUACCUAAAGUUUAUCCUUCAUCUCUUAAAAUAUUAAAAUUAUCAUGUUUACAACCAUUUAAAAUUGAAAAGGGAUGUAUUUUAGAAGGAAUUGAAACUUUACAUAUUACAUCACUCAAUACAAAGAUCGAACCAAAUUCUAUACCAAAUAGCAUCAAGAAUCUUAUCAUGAUUGAUUGUAAAGCUGAUCUAUCGACCAUUGGUCCACUCCCAAAUCAACUUGAAUAUCUUGGGAUUAAACAUUCUAGUGGAGACACCAAUCAUUGUAAUCUCCCAGUCUCUCUACCACCAACGUUACGACGACUGUCAAUUGGAAAUCCUUCAAAUCCAUCAACAUUUAACAAGAUCCAAUAUUCAGAACACUCUUUGUUAACUCGACUAAGUAUCAAUCAUGAAAGUGAUUUUGAAUUCAUUGAUUACUUUGUCGAUGGUCGUAUUCCAACGUCUCUUUCGAUACUACACCUAAGAUUACCAUCCGAAGGUUUUAUCCAAAAACAUUCCAUCCCAUUAAACGAUAUAUUGUAUCAUUCAAAUAUACAAUCACUUAGAAUCAGUCAUCCAAAAGGUGAUUAUCGAUUUUCUAUAACAAGGGUCAGCCCAAACAAUAUUUUAAUGGUAGAAAAAUCCUCUCUUUUAGGUGGUUUCAUCAAGAAUCAUUAUUCUCCAAUAUGUCUUGAAAUAACUCUAAACUUUUCUGUAAUGAGAAUUAAAAUCAAUUACAACAAAUAA